AUGGAUAAGUGGCACAAAGGGAUCUCCAGCUGUGCCCGGUGGCAAGAUUGGUGUCCUACAGCUAGAAGACGUGAAACGUCAUGGUGGUAUUUCCAGAAAAUGCUGGCGCUGGACGUCCUUCAUUGCCCUCAUGCGGCGCAAUGUACCGAAUACCAGCGUCGCUGCCUGGAGUCGCGAAGGUUGCGGCCGGAGCAGUUCCCGCUCCGCCAUUCAUCCAAGGACAGCUACUGGCACAUCAUCCAGGCUUACUCUGACGUGUUGGACUGCAAACUUCAGCGCCUGCUUAAGACAACGAGCAUCAGGGCGAUUGCAGUGACCGAGGAUGUGCGGAAGGAGUAUGAGGUGGUGAAGUGCCGCUUGGUCACCGAAAGCUUCGAGAUCCACCACUUUAUGCUAGAUCUGCGGAGCAUUGAUGGACGAAAGGAUUCACUUCACAAAGCACGCGAGCUUUGGUCUUCGUUUUGCAAACUCAGUGCGGGAAACAAUAGUGUACUGCAAAAGAUCAAAGAUGCUGAUUUUGUGUGCACUGCAGAUGGCGAGCCUGCCGAGCAACUGGCGGGACAGUUCUUUGAAAAAGUCUCAGGUUGCGGCGUUCGCUGGACGGCCCGUUGUGCUUUGCACUCUGGACAGAGAAGUUUGGAAGCUGCCAUUUUCGGAGACGAAUCUGCCAAGAGGCUUAUCGAGGCAUUGAUCACUUCGUACUCCGGCAACGACGGCCGCAACUUGGGAAGUUUCGCUCGCGCAUGCAAGAACUCAACACGCUUGAGUCAUAUGUUCCGCACCAGCGCAGAGAAUGUCGACACAGUGCUGAAAGCGGCUGGGGAGCUGAGGUUUGCUCCCCAGAGGUUCGACACAAUCAUGUCAGUCACCUCGACUCUGACAUUGAAUAUCCGAGGGAUGAUCAUGAGCUUGACAGAGAUUCAAUUACGGGACAGCUCCUUGAAAUCCUGGGCCAGGGGUAUCUUGAACCUCUUGACAGAAGAGAACCUGGUGUUGCUGGCCUUGCUGGCCGAGCUGUCUCGCACCGUCUCGAGCUACCACCAUAGCUUCGAAAGCAGCCGUGGAAGCCAUCCAAGUUGUCUGGCUCGCUCAGCUCAGCAUUUUCGUGCUUUGAGUGAGGAGUUGAACCGCUUGUUCUCCUUCAGGAGCAUGGGAGGCGAGCUACAGGAGCCCCUGACUUUAAGUCCGCAGUUCACUGCGGGAUUCAUGCAGUUGUUGCAAAGCAGUUACAACCUGAUGGUUACCGAGGCCGUGGUUCACGGCAAGACCAUGCUUUUCUACCGGGCGAAAAGCAAGGACGUUCGAAGGACGAUCGCCGCACAGCUGGGGAAGGUGAACAACAUCAUUCGAAACUAUGUGGAAGCUGUGCGGUGCCAUCACCAGAUGGGGAUUGCAGAAAGUUAUCACCCCUUUGAUGUGGCGUGGUGGCGGGAGGCUGGUUGCGAUGACAAGACCUUGCCGAAGGUGAUGCAGCCCAUGGCCACGGCUCUCGGAAUUGAGGCUACGAACCUGGCAGACGAGUUUCUCAUCGCACGCCCGACCAUAGAUGUCCUGUCCAGGCGCGGCGUCCAGGAUCUGCGUCUAGCCUGGUCAGAGACAGCUCGGCAUUGGGCGAAGCGUUUGCCCCUUCUUGCCCGUGCAGUUGCUGUGUACACAGCGUGCUUCCCGAGCAGCGGGGAGGCGGAACAAAACUUCAGCUUGCUACAGAUGAUGAAUAGCGGCCGCAAACAGUCAACGUCCGAAAAGCACCUCAGGGCGAUGAUGCGAGUCAGAUUGGAUGGCUUACCGCCUCCUCGGUUCGUGGUAUGCGUGCAGCAAACAGCAAUGUCUCAGUGCACGUAUGAGAUGUCCGAAGAUGCAGCAGCAGUGCAGCAACAAAUGUUGGAGACUCUUGGUGCUGGACUUGCACGCACGACGGAUCUUCCACGUCGCAAAGUUCAGAAUACAGACAAGGACAAGUCCCUGCCAGUCUGCAUGGGGCAAGAAACCAAAGCCUCGCUGGGCAGGAAGCGAAAGCAUCAGCUAUCGACCAUUGACUCCGCGCAAACUGCAGACACCGAAGAUCUGGAGAAGUUAUCUUUGCAGCAAGCUGAGGCCUCAAAAGGCUCUGGGUACCACCAUCUUGUGAAGUCUUUGAAGUCUUUGGCGGAGAAGAAAAAGAAGCUCGUCACAGCAAGGCUGGAUGGCCGAGCUAUCGAUAAAAAGUAUCGAGAGCACGUGCGCAAAGAGACCAAGCUGCACGAGGCCAUAGCCAGCAUGCGUGCCUCCGGUGCAGUCAGUGUCCUGCGAACACCUUUGCGCUUGCAAAGCGCGGUGCUGCUGCAUGAGCCUGGUGCGGACAUCCAGGAACUUCCGGGGCUAGGCCUCAAGUGCGUUCCCUUUACUGGAGAUCUUGAGCAAUAUCAGCAACUCCUUCCUGUGGCGUCGAAGGACAUUGUAUGGUACACGGAAGACGACAUGAGUUUUGUCUUCCCAUCCAAGAAAAUGGUGGCAGUGACUGCGUUCCAGAUGGCUUCGCGGCUUUUCGGAGGUUCCAUUGGCACGAUCGAGUGGAAAGCGGCUUGCUUGGCCGGGGAACAGGUGGUAGCUCCCAGCUUGCAGCUUGCAAGGGCUUUGGACACCAAGACGGAGCUCGGUUUGCACAAGUCCGCCGAAGACCUCGCAGUGUCUGCUUGCGUAGUCCGCAUGCUCCGUGCCGUGGAAACCUCAGCUGGCGACAAAGCUUGGGUGUUACGCAGAAAGUGUAAAGACGUGCGCAACAAGCUGGGAUAUGUGCUCACGGAUGCUUCAUCUGUGGACAAAGUGAGAAAGCAGCGGAUGCAAAGCGCCCGACCGGGUAGGGUCUUGAACCCACUGGACUUUUUAUCCUGCUGUACAGAGUGGGUGGGGAGCACAUAG